AUGGAGAAAAGUGAUUGCUCAACAUCGCCUAAGUCUAAAGCCACGAAAAGAGAAUUGGAUGCCUCAGACAAUGAAAAAAUUUUUCGUAAGAACGCAAAGAAUGUGCAGAAAAGUUUAUUCUCUGCCAUUGAAAGUAGAGAUCACGUGGCCUUUGCCAAAAUCAUUGAUACUCAGAUUCACGUGUCACAUUGCAGUUGCAGAAAGAUUAUCCAGAAGGUUUUCAUGAAAGCUUGUGAGGCAGGCGACAUAAACAUCGUCCGAUUUCUGCUCCGUAAAGGAGCUGACGUCAAUGAGUCCAGAAAGGGCAUGACGCCUAUCAUGGCUGCAGUCCUGUCUAACUCUUACGACACGGUUGAAUUCUUGCUCGAAUGUAGAGCUAAGGUGAAAACUCAAACAAAACCAAAAAAAGAAAGCGUACUCAAUAUGGCGCUAAAGAGAGAAUUUUACGAUAGCAACAAUAUAGGUUCAGAAAAAUGGGACCCCAGCUUCUUUAUUGACACCAAAAUAAUCAAACUUUUAAUUGACAAUGGAGCGUCAGUGAACCAGAAAUGUAAAGACGGCUACCUGCCCUUGUCACUCGCUGCCUCUUCCAACAGGGAUGCAGUCAUCACUCACCUCAUUAAGAAAGGCGCUGAUGUCAAUGGCGUGGACAGUAGGUAUGGGAUGACUCCCUUGAUGCACGCAGCUAUUGCAGGCAAUGUCUACAUUGUAAGACAGCUUCUGAAAUAUAACGCAACGAUUGACAUUCUGGACGAUGGGGACUAUUCGGCUCUCAUGUUGGCUGCCCAGUUGAAAAAGCCUUUAGUUGUCUCAGCCUUGAUUCAAGAAGGCGCUGAUGUAAAUAUGGUUAGUGGCUUUGAUGGGAAGAGCGCCCUAAUUUUGGCUACAGAAUCUAAUUGUUGCGACACAAUUAAUAUUCUACUGGAAAAUGGCGCAGACGUAAACUUCAGCAAACCUUUUAACAAGCGCGGCACAACCGCCUUGAUGAUAGCGGCCCAUAAUGGUUUUAAAGAUGCCGUGGACACUUUACUCUACUACAAUGCAGAUAUUGAUUUGAGAGACAAAGAUGGACAUACAGCGGUGUGUUUAAGUUUAAAUACUGAGAUUGUUGAAAUGAUAAAUAUGUCUCUCAUAAAAAAAUGUUAUAAUAUCAUGGAGAGACGCUUAAACUCAACACUGCACAAAUCUAGAGCCUUGAAAAGAGAAUUUUCUGCUUCGGACAACGACAAGUGUUUGAAGGAUCAAAUGAAUUAUACCAGAGAGAAUAUAAAUGCAGCAAUUAAAAGAGGAGAUCACGUGAGUGUGGCCAACAUUAUUGGUACACAGAUACGCAGGACAACAUACUAUGGCAAGAAGAUCAUGAAGCAGGCAUUCAUUAAGGCUUGCCUGGCAGGCGAUAGUCGUAUCGUGUGUCUGCUGCUACGUAAUGGAGCUGAUGUCAACGAGGCGUCCAUUGAAGACUUCACACCUCUCAAAGCCGCUGUUCUGUCUAAUUCUUACCAAACUGUUGAGCUGUUGCUGGAAUGUGAAGCGAGUGCCAAAACUCCUACUAAGCCUUCACAAGACAACGUGCUUCAUGUGGCGCUGAAAGGAGGAUUUCACCCCAGCCUUGUCAUAGGUUCAGAAAGAUGGGACACCGAGUUCCUAACUGAUACAAAAAUUAUAAAACUUUUGAUUGACCAUGGGGCAUCAGUUAACCAGAAAUGUGCAAACGGUUACCUGCCCUUGUCACUUGCUGCCUCUUCCAACAGGGAUGCAGUCAUCACUCACCUCAUUAAGAAAGGCGCUGAUGUCAACAGUGUUGACAGUAGGUAUGGGAUGACUCCCCUGAUGCACGCAGCUAUUGCAGGCAAUGUCUACAUUGUAAGACAGCUUCUGAAAUAUAAAGCAGCCAUAGACAUCACAGACCAAUGGGACUAUACAGCUCUUAUGUUGGCUACUCAGUUUAAUAAGCCUUUAGUUGUCUCAGCCUUAAUUCAAGAAGGCGCUGAUGUCAACAAGGUCAGUGGCUUUGAUGGAAAGAGCGCCCUAAUUUUGGCUAUAGAGUCCUACUGUUGUGACACAGUUAAUAUUCUGCUGGAAAACGGCGCAGACGUGAACUAUAGAAAGCCAAUCCACAAGAGUGGGACGACCGCCUUGAUGAUAGCCGCUCAAAAUGUUUUUAUACAAGCCGUGGAGAGUUUAUUAUCUUACAAUGCGGAUGUGGAUCUGAGAGACGAGGAUGGACAUACCGCUGAAUAUAAUAUCAUGGAGAAAAGUAUUUGCUCAACACCGCCCAAAUCUAAAGCCAUGAAAAGAGAGUUUGAUGCUUCAGAUAAUGAAAAGAGAUAUCAGGAUAACUUAAAAAGUGUGAAGAAGAGUCUAUUCUAUUCUAUUGAAAGUAGAGAUCACGUGGCCUUCGCCAAAAUCAUGGAGACACAGAUCCACGUGACAACGUGCAGUGGAAGACUUAUUAUCCAGAAAGUUUUCAUGAAAGCUUGUCUGGCAGGCGACAUCAAAAUCGUCCGAUUUCUGCUCCGUAAAGGAGCUGAUGUCAACGAGGCGUCCAGCGAUGACAUCACGCCUCUCAUGGCUGCUGUUCUGUCUAACUCUUACGAUACUGUUGAAUUCUUACUUGAAUGUAGAGCUACAGUCAAAACUCAAAUAAAACCUACACAAGACAGUGUACUACAUAUGGCACUGAAGAGAGGAUUUCGCCAUAGCAAUGUCUUAGGUUCAGAAAAAUGGGACCCUAAAUUUUUCAUUGACACCAAAAUAAUCAAACUUUUAAUUGACAACGGAGCUUUAGUAAACCAGAAAUGUGCAGAUGGUUACCUGCCCUUGUCACUUGCUGCCUCUUCCAACAGGGAUGCAGUCAUCACUCAUCUCAUUAAGAAAGGCGCUGAUGUCAACGGCGUGGACAGUAAGUAUGGGAUGACUCCCUUGAUGUACGCAGCUAUUGCAGACAAUGUCUACAUCGUGAGACAGCUGCUGAAGUAUAACGCAGAUUUGGACAUUACAGAUAAAUGGGACUAUUCGGCUCUCAUGUUGGCUGCUCAGUUCAAAAAGUAUUUAGUUGUCUUAGCAUUAAUUGAAGAGGGCGCUGAUGUCAACAAAGUCAGUGGGUUUGAUGGAAAAAGCGCCUUAAUUUUGGCUAUAGAGUCCUACUGUUGUGACACAGUUAAUAUUCUACUGGAAAUCGGCGCAGACGUGAACUACAGAAAGCCAAUCCACAAGCGUGGCACGACUGCAUUAAUGAUAGCCGCUCAAAAUGGUUUCAAAGAUGCUGUUGACACUUUACUCUACUACAAUGCAGAUGUUGACUUGAGAGACGAGGAUGGAAAGACAGCAGUGUAUAAUAUCAUGGAGAAAAGUGAUUGCUCAACACCGUCCAAGUCUAAAGCCAUGAAAAGAGAGUUGGAUGCUUCAGACAAUGAAAAAAAAUAUCGAAAGAACGCAAAGAGUGUGCAGAAAAGUCUAUUCUCAGCCAUUGAAAAUAGAGAUCAUGUGGCCUUCGCCAAAAUCAUUGAUACUCAGAUUCACGUGAUAACUUGCAGUUGCAGAAAAAUUAUCCAGAAGGUUUUCAUGAAAGCUUGUGAGGCAGGUGACAUAAACAUCGUCCGAUUUCUGCUCCGUAAAGGAGCUGACGUCAAUGAGUCCAGAAAGGGCAUGACACCUCUCAUGGCUGCAGUCCUGUCUAACUCUUACGACACGGUUGAAUUCUUGCUCGAAUGUAGAGCUAAGGUCAAAACUCAAACAAAACCAAAAAAAGACAGCGUACUGAAUAUGGCGCUAAAGAGAGGAUUUUACGAUAGCAACAAUAUAGGUUCAGAAAAAUGGGACCCUAGCUUCUUCAUUGACACCAAAAUAAUCAAACUUUUAAUUGACAAUGGAGCGUCAGUGAACCAGAAAUGUAAAGACGGCUAUCCUCCCUUGUCACUCGCUGCCUCUUCCAACAGGGAUGCAGUCAUCACUCGUCUCAUUAAGAAAGGCGCUGAUGUCAAUGGCGUGGACAGUAGGUAUGGGAUGACUCCCCUGAUGCACGCAGCUAUUGCAGGCAAUGUCUACAUUGUAAGACAGCUUCUGAAAUAA